GUGACGUCAUAGUGUAAACACCCGUAUGUUCUCGCAGCUUUCUGUCUGGACCAUGGACGUAUUAAGAGAACGGUCCGCACCGGUGCACAGCACACAGUGGAAACAUGUCGGGAAGGAGAGAGCCCAGCGGAGGAACUUCGUUUAUUAAAUGUACACUUCAGACAUAAAGUGACCAUUAAUCAGUCCGUGCGCACGGUGGCGUUUUAGCCGAGUUAGCAACUGCUGGGGCCACGUUACUAUUUCACGGGAGCGGACCAUUCGGGAGCGAAUGGACGGAUAAAGACAGACAGCCGGGGAUUGAUCAGAAGAAAGUAGGAAGGCGGCAGAGGGGUCGGGUAGAGAGAGGGGAGACAGCGUGUGCGUGCUCACAAGACGGGGUAGCUGCUUGCUAGGGGAUGUUAUCCGUACUGUCUUAUGGCAGACUGGUAGCCAGGGCUGUCCUGGGCGGACUCUCUCAGACGGACGGUCGGGACUACAGCCUGAUCACCGCCAGUUAUGGCUUCGGUAAAGACUUUCGCAAAGGGAUCCUGAAGAAAGGGAUGUGCUACGGAGAUGACGCCUGCUUCAUUGCGCGGAACAGGAACGCCGAUGUUUUGGGUGUUGCAGAUGGCGUUGGUGGUUGGCGUGACUAUGGUGUCGACCCGUCUCAGUUCUCCGCCACGUUAAUGAGAACCUGUGAGCGACUGGUGAAGGAGGGACGCUUUACUCCCAGUAGUCCAGUGGGUAUCCUGACAUCUGGCUACUAUGAGCUUCUACAGAAUAAAGUUCCCCUGCUAGGGAGCAGCACAGCCUGUAUUGUGGUUCUGGAUCGACGGAGUCACCGGCUACACACGUGUAACCUCGGUGACUCAGGUUUCCUUGUGGUUCGGGGAGGAGAGGUGGUUCAUCGCUCAGACGAGCAACAGCACUAUUUUAACACGCCCUUCCAGCUGUCAAUCGCUCCUCCUGGAGCUGAAGGCGUGGUGCUCAGUGACAGUCCUGAAGCAGCUGACAGCUCCUCCUUUGACGUGCAGCUCGGUGACAUCAUCUUGACGGCAACCGACGGCCUGUUUGACAACAUGCCAGACUACAUGAUUCUUCAGGAGCUAAAAAAACUCAAGACUACCAACUAUGACAGCAUCCUGCAGACUGCACAGAGUAUUGCAAGACAAGCUCACGACCUUGCCUACGACCCCAAUUAUAUGUCCCCUUUUGCACAGUUUGCGUGUGACAAUGGUCUGAAUGUAAGGGGAGGGAAGCCAGAUGAUAUCACGGUGCUGCUGUCCAUUGUGGCUGAAUAUGCAGACUAAAAGUGUGUCAGAGAGAGUGUGUGUGUGUGUGUGUGUGUGUGUGUGUGUGUGUG